AUGAGAGAUUAUAAAAUCGUUGUCCUGGGAGCCGGAGGUGUCGGAAAGUCAGCUCUUACAGUCCAAUUUGUUCAAGGAGUUUACAUUGAAUCCUAUGACCCAACUAUUGAGGACUCUUACCGCAAAGUCACUGAAAUCGACACCCGUCCAUGCACUCUUGAAAUUUUAGACACAGCCGGAGUCGAGCAGUUCACUGCCAUGCGUGAACUUUACAUUAAGAAUGGUCAAGGCUUUAUUCUAGUCUAUUCAGUGACCAACCAAUCAUCUCUGCGUGAACUCUACGAGUUGCGCGAGCAAAUCAUUCGCAUCAAGGACAAUGCCAACGUUCCUAUGGUUUUGGUGGCAAACAAGUCCGAUCUCGAAUCUGAACGCCAAGUAUCAUCAGAAAUGGGUGUCCAGGUGGCCAACUCUUGGGGCCGUACUCCCUUUUACGAAACUUCUGCAAAGUACCGACUCAAUGUUGAUGAAGUCUUUACUGAUCUUGUUCGUCAAAUCAUGCGCCGCGACUCUGCAUUUGGCGGCUCUGUGGCACCAUCUCUUCGUGGUCAUUCAUUCCAUAGCUCCAUUGAUGAGCCUUAUUACUAUGGCCACAACAAGCGCAUCUCUGCUUCUUCUAACCACUCAUCUGUGUCAGGAAUUAGCACAAAUACAGUCUAUGCCAAUUUGACUGCUAACUCUAACAACCUCAAUAACAAUAACAAUAACAACUACAAUUACAAUAUUACUUCUCCAAACUCAAACAAUACUCUUCACCAUGCUUCAUCCAUGUUCAAGCUCAAGUCUAAGACUCGGUCUAAGGAACAAUUACCACGGCUCCAUCAACAGCAGGAAUUGUCAUCAUCACAGAUGCAACAACUGCGGCAUAUGGAGCAGCAACAAAAUCAUCACUUACAACAGCAACGAGUCCAGAUUGCAGAGACCGAACACAAGUUGACAUCCAAGAUGUCUCGACAGUUUAAGAAGCAACCUCAGCCUUCUAAGUCGAUGCCAGCGCUGCGCAAGUCCAAGAAGACUAGCCUUUUGUCUGGCCGCGAAAAGGAGAAGGACUGUGUGAUUUGUUAG